AUGUCUACCGAAUAUCUCUCAAAAGAUAUUUUAGACGAAGAUUAUAUGAAGACAUUCGCACCUUUAGGAUGCGUUCAAAUGGCUUUAGGAUGUUAUCGAGUGGACGCUAAAGACAGAUUCGUAACAGAACCAACGCUAUACCAGAGGAUUUAUACAAUUUUUAUGACAACAAUAGCCACUAUCUUGUAUUCUCUCUUGACGGAGCUGGUUUUGAAGCAAUACCUCGACGAUUGUUACAUCUACAAUUCCAUUUCAGUGAUCAUUGUGUCACAUUGGUUUCUACUUUUUAGUAAUAUAAUUCAUGUAAGAUUUAUGAAUAGUGAAGCCAAUGCAAAAUUUUACAUAAAGUUACAAAAAGUUGAGCGUAUUAUGACUAGUGAUCAAUAUAAAACAUUAAAUGACAUAAUUUACAAACUAAAUUUUGUAACUACAACACUACUAAUGUCUACUUAUAUCGCACUUUUUAUGUUUCUAUGUGUGAAUGAUGCCCAAAUGGCUUUUUUAUCAAUUGGAGCGCUAUACUUUCAAAUUGUAUACAUGAUGGAAUUUGCACAUUUGACAAAUCUGUUGUUUUAUUUUACCAUAAGAAUACGAUUUCUUAAUGGUAUAAUUAUAAGUCAUUUAAAACCAUAUAUUGAACCAGGAUUAGAGCGUGAAAUUAGAGUCAAAGCUCCUACAAAGAAUUUUUUAUUGAAAUUCUCAAGAGAUAGCCAUAAUUUUACUACCUGCGAUAUCGACGUUUAUUUAAAGGAAUUGUUAGAAGGUUUCACUAUUUUUCAAAACAUAUAUAAAUUUCAGAUUUUAAAUUUUCUCAUAAAACAUCUUACAUUUAUGUUUUUCUCAUUCGGAUUUAUAAUCAUCUUUCUGGAAAAUCAUGUAAUAAAAUUCUACGAGGCUCUAGCAGUGGCUGGUUUAUCAUUAUUAGAUGGCAUUAUGUCUAUUUUCGUAUGCUUUCGUUCUGAACAAUUUCUAAGGAGUGUAAAAGAAACGAAACUUUUGUGUAUUUCGCUUAUGGGGGUGUAUACUUUUGAUGGUCGACUACGAGAGAAGACGAAGAGAAUGUUGAAGUUGCUUGAAGAUAACCCACCAAUAUUUUCUGUUUACGACAUGUGUUAUUUAGAUGCUCGUGUUUUAAUUAGAAUUUUUGGUUUAUCAACAACUGUAUUCGUGACUAUGUACAAUUUACUUAUUUUUGGAUAUUAGCCACUACCGAUUAUAUUAUUCAUUGUAUUUAUAUUG